UACAGGUCCGUGCGCGUCUCAAAUCACUCCUGCAAAUACGUCUCUUUCCACCUGGUAGCUCGGUUCAGGAGCAAUAGCAAUGCUACCACACGAAGAGGCACUCUGUAAUGAUCUUUCGCUGCUCGAGGUCGAAUGUAUCAAAUCCAGUUUUCGUUGGCGCGAGGAGGUGCUCUUACAGAGUAGCCGGUCUCGAGGAACGGAUGAGCAAGCCGUCGGGAUGAUUAUGCAGAAUAUCCGUGGGGAUCCUCUUGGUCGAGAAGCCACGCAGAGAUGGAUAGACGUCGCAUAUUCCAAGAAUUUUGACGGGGUGGAGAAGCCACCCGCAAAUAUCUCUGUGGACAAUAACACGAUUCUGAGGGCCGUUAUCGACUUUUUUUGGGCUG